UCACAUUACCACGAAGCAUCUCAUUUGGGCAAAUGUUAGUGUCAUUGUUUGCAGCCUUCACUACAUCAUUCCCAUGUAAAAUCAUGUCAUGGGCAGAUAUCCCAAUCAUUUCCAUAGAGCCAUCCACAUUGGCCACCUCAUUAUCCAGCCCAAGCGACUCCAUCAACUCUGGGACCUUUCGGACCCUUCUCAUUCAUUUUAGGCAUCCACGGACACCUUCCUGAUUACCAUGACAUUUAGCAUUUGAUUGCCCACCGGUGACCCAAGUCUUGCGUCGUGGAGGUUUAUACCGGAGAAAAACUUGCGAGAAGAAACCUUGCACAUUUUUUACAAUUUCUCACUCAUCCAAAAUCUCUUAUUUUUGGUGGGUUUUUCUCCUCUACUUACUUGUUCUCUGCUCUACAGGUAUGAGGUUCUUUUUCUGACUAUUGAUUCGAGAAUGGAUGAGAUUUAUCUCGUCUAGGGCUGUGCUAAUUUAAGUCAGCCAUGGUAGAAGAUGAUUCAAGCUUGGGGUUUGCUAAUUUACCUCCUCUAAGUCCAACUGCUUCUAAUGGCAUUAAUGGUGGAUGAAAAGAAAAUCAUAUAGCUGCUGACAGUGCUAAAAUUGAUGUUUCAAAUGAAACAUCAUUUUAAUUUGAAACAUCAAUUCCAUCAUUACCAACCCUAAAAUUGGAAAAUGGAGAUCAUUGUUUGGGGAAAACAAAGAUGGCUGUGAAGAUUUAUCAACCUAAAAGUUAUUCUUCCACAAACCUCAAUCGAUUAAACAAAUUUUUGGUUGGAUAUUUUGUGGGCAGUAAAGUUCCUUUUAACCUAGUUAAGGAAACCUUGGAAAAUGCUUGGAAGCUGAAAGGAAGAUUGCGAUUGUCUCUAUUAGAAUCAUUUUUAAUAAAAAAAGACUAAGUCAUAAAGUUAUCUUAAGACUUAAGUUUACAAAAUUCCAUCACAUGACACCUUAUUUAAGACCAAUUCAUUGCACUCUUUAAAACUCACAAGAUCAGAACGAAGACUUAGUAUUUUUCGUUCCACUACUUUUUUUUGUUGUUGUUGCAGAAGUGCUAAUUGGUAUUGGUGGGUGGUGAUCAAUAUUUAUUACAGCCCAAAUAAAAGCUACUGGUGUUUACUUCAUCUCAUUAAUCAUUCUCUGAUUGGGUUCUUUCAGAUUCAAUAUUCAUGGUGAUGAUUUGUACUUUAUGUAAUGAUGCCUUGAUAGCUGGAGAUGGUAAUGCCAUUUUCACUGCAGAAUGCACAGACUCCUUUCAUUUCAGUUGCAUCACUUCAUAUGUGAAGCUUGGAAGUCAGACUUGCCCAACUUGUAUUGCUGAAUGGAAGGAUAUUCCUUCCUUUGGCCCUGCUUCAAAUCCAACUGGUGGACUCACACCAGCCCCAUUACAGCCACGUAUUCCUAAACGAAGAAUCAAUACUCGGGUCAUUACAUCACAAGUUCCAUCUUCUGAGCCACUUGUCUUCAAUGAUGAUGAUCCUUUGGAUUUCCAAUCCAGUUUUUCAUCUAAUAACAUUUCUAUUAUCAGAUCCAUAGAUAUCAAAACACACACUGAAUUCCCAGCUGUUCCACGGUCAGUUUCGCAAGAAAACUUCCAUAUACUCGUCAAUCUCAAAUCUAAUGUUACUGAGAUAGAUCAAGUUAAUAGUGAUAUAACUUGUCGUGCACCAAUUGACCUCGUCACGGUUCUCGAUAUAAGUGGCAGCAUGACAGGUACAAAAAUUCAGUUGUUAAAGCGGGCCAUGGGAUUUGUGAUUGAGAACCUUGGCCCUUCUGACAGAUUGUCUGUUAUUAGCUUUUCAUAUAAUGCUCAUCGCCUCUUCCCCCUUCUCCUCAUGACUGAUUCUGGUAAACAGUAUGCACUACAAGCUGUGAAUUCUUUGGUUGCUGGUGGUGGAACAAAUAUUGUAGAAGGACUCAAGAAGGGCUCAAAGGUUAUUGAAGACCGAGGACACAGAAAUCCUGUUUAUAGUAUCAUGCUAUUAUCCGACGGGCAGGAUUCAUACACCAAGGAGAUCAACCUUAAAGAAAUUUCAAGGUUGCAAAUUCCAGUUCAUACAUUUGGAUUUGGCGCAGACCAUGACCCUAUCAUGCUGCACUCAAUUGCGGAGGGUUCGAAGGGAACUUUUUCUUUUAUUGAAGCUGAGGGAUUAAUACAAGAUGCAUUUGCUCAAUGUAUUGGUGGUCUCCUGAGUGUAGUUGUACAGGACUUGCAAGUACACAUCCAGUCACUUGACCCUCAUCUUUGUCUUAGUCAACUAAAGGCAGGGAGUUAUUCCACUUAUUUGACAGGUGAUAACCAAACAGGAUCUGUCGAUAUCGGGGAUUUGUAUGCAGAUGAAGAGAGGGAUUUUCUCGUGCUGGUUAACAUUCCAGUUGUAGCAGAUGGAAAUUCCAACGAUCAGAUGAAGUUGGUUAGAGUGUGGUGUGGUUACAAAGAUCCUUUUACUAAAGAAUCUGUCACUACUGAAGCCAUAGAAGUGAAACUUGAGAGACCCGAAAUGGUUAAUGAAGAUACGGUUGUUUCUAUAGAGGUUGACAGGCAGAAGAAUCGAUUGCAGGCUGCUGAGGCAAUGAGUAAUUCGCGUGCUGCUGCUGAGAGAGGUGAUCUGCCCACCGCGUGGUCUAUAAUUGAUGGUUGUAGGAUGCAGAUAUCAGACACUGCCUCUGCACAUGCCGGUGACAAAUUUUCUGUUGAUUUAGAUUUGGAGCUUCAAGAGGUACGAUCGAGGAUGAAAAGCAAGAAAAUAUAUGAAUCAACAGGAAGGGGAUAUCUACUUUCAGGAAUGAGUUCACAUUCGAGGCAAAUGGCUACAACUCGAGGAGAUUCUACUGAGAGUACUUACCAGACAGCUUCCAUGAGUAAAAUGCUUAAAAAAUCUGCUGCAUAUCUUCCAAAAUCGCGUGCGCCUAACUCAGCUGCACUCUCCAGCUUCCCCCCUUCAUUUUUCAGUACACCUUCAACGGCGUCUAAUGGUGGCCGAGGUGGAGGCACUGCCAAUGAUAGUAAUAUGGCUUUCAAAAUUUCUUCAGCAAGUAGUCUCAAAAUUCAAAGAGGUGAUAUCACAAAGUGGUGUAUCAAUGGUACUUCUGAUGCCAUUGUAAAUGCAGCUAAUGAACGGAUGCUUGGAGGUGCGGGACUUAAUGGAGCGAUACAUAGUGCUGGAGGACCCGAACUACAAGCAGCAUGUUCUACCAUUGCAGAGGUUUGUCCUGGAAUUCGCUGUCUAAAAGGAGAAGCAAGAAUUACUCCAGCAUUUAAGUUGCCCGUUUCGCAUGUUAUUCACACUGUUGGUCCUAUUUACAAUGUCGACAACCACCCGGAAGUUACUUUAAGAAAUGCAUACAGAAACUGCUUAAAGCUCGCAAAAGAGAACAAGAUAGAGUAUAUCGCUUUUCCUGCCAUAUCUUGUGGUUAUUUUGGUUAUCCCUAUGACGAAUCUGCUACUAUUGCAAUAUCUACUGUAAUGGAAUCGGAUGGUGACUUCAAAGAGGUGCAUUUUGUUCUAUUUGAGGAUGAUGUCUUCAACUCUUGGGUGGAAAAGGCGAAAGGAUUGCUUUAGUCGCUGCUCACACCCAACAGUUAAUUAAAAUUGACAGCAUUGUGGUUAUCGGAUUAAAUCGGUUAACUGUAACUGUGGAAAAAAGACUACAUUACUUGCUGAGUAUUUCGUUUUACUUCUCUGUAAUAAAAAUUCCAAAACCUGCACUUUCAGCCAGCGGCCCCAAUAAAUUUUGCCACAUUUUUAA